UUUUCGAAUCUAUGCCGCCGUAACUAUGACAAUGUAGUCUUGUACUUUGUAAAGUUAGAAGCAUCUCAAGGGGAUUCGUUCGGGUUGAGGGGUAAACUUGAGUUUUGUAAAGGAGGGGCACCACUGCACCCCUCUCCACCCGAUGACCCCGGGUCAAGUUAUGAAUGAAUGUGUGUCAAUACAGCAUGCUAAGCUAAGGUAGUCAGUGUUUAUCAGCUGUGUGAAUAACAGUUAUCUGUCGCGAAGAGAGUGCUGCGUGUGAUUUUAGAGCAUACAAUCUGCAAAUAUAACUUUAUUCCGUGAUUAUUUAUGGUGGAUUACUGGGCUUUAUUAUAAUGUCUAACUAAAAGAUGGCAGAGUAAAUAUAACGAUUGGAAUAUAUACCUUGGUCAACUUUGAAGGGUGGUUUUGUUGGAUUUCAACAAGGAAUUACAACUGUUUUAGAAGAACAAGAAGAGAAGCACUAGCAGUGUUUUAGAAGCAUUUUACAACUCAACGUUCGUGUGCAAAGGAAAAUAAGAUGCCGAGAAACGGGGACCCUACUUCAUAUUACCAUCUAAACUCAAAUGUGCCCAUCAAAGCACCAGAAGGUCCGCUCAGUGACCAAGUCCUCUGGACAAUCGCCACGAACCUAACGAGCCCGUGGUACGAGCUCGCCUACGCCCUCAAUCUCCCCGACAUCGAGCUCGCCCGCAUCGACAAGCUCUACCCUACCCAUCCCGAGCACGACCGCCAUUUUGGUGCGCUAAGGGACUGGCGAUACAGGUCAUUAAAACUCAUACCUCCUCACGAAGCCGCAAUGGAACUGUCCAACAGCAUGAAGAAACUUGGUCGUCAAGAUUUAUGUAAUUUUGUAUUGUAUAAAUACCAAGAGGCGUUACAAUGUUCUUGAUUAUUUUGAUUGAAUUAUUAUUACGUUUCAUUAAUUCAUCUCCUCUUGUUUUCUUGUAUCGCCGUAGACUUUAAUCAGAAGCGGUUCUGGAAUAUAAUCAUUUAACAACUAAAUAAUUCAUAUCUCUUGUAAAUUUGAUGUUUUUGUUGUGUUUUUCAAACUCAAGAAUAAAGGAUGGAUGGAUUAGU